UUAUGCUAAAAGAUAUGACACAGUCAAAAAUGAAAGCAGUAAGUACAAUAAAAAGUUGUUGAUUUUUAAUGCUGUACUUUUGUGGCAUAACAUUAUGGUUUGAUGUACCCAGAUUACUGCAGAUUGCAGACAAGGAAAAUGAUUCCCUCUUCCAGGACUGCCAACCUGUCAGAUACUGCAGGCAUACAGUGAAAGCUGCACUAUCAGGAACGUCUUUUAAAACUAUUUCUCCUUGCAAGCAAAGUGGUGGAUUAUCACUCUUAUACUAGCACAUAGUCUUGCUAUGGCACUGUGGCUGAUGAUUUCACUUUGGCAGCAAAUUAGAGGGAUCUUGGAAAAAUGUUUAAAUCCAAGAGGAUUUGAAGUGGACAAUGCAGGUUUCCAGAGGGAAAGGGCAAGUGUGCAACAAAGACCCCGGCCCUGCACAAAUCUAGACUAACGAGAAGAUGGUGGAGCAUUUUACUCUUCCUUUGCAGGUUCAGUUCCGGGGAUUAUUUCAAAUGAUCUUAGUGUUGGGAAUUGGUGGUAGUUUCCCAUAUGGAUUCCACAUUUCUGUCAUCAACUACCCUUCUGUGCACAUCAGGAAGUUUAUUAAUGAAACCUGGAUAGAGCGACAUGGCUCUCCCCUCCAUCCUGAGACAAUUAUGCUGUUGUGGUCCUUCAUUGUGUCUGUUUAUGGGAUAGGAGGAUUCCUGGGGAGCCUCUGCUGUGGCUAUUUGACUACAAAAUACAGAAAAAAAAAGUGCCAAAUGUUAACCAACCUGAUCAUGUUGGUAGCUGCCCUUUUCAUGGCCUUCAGUAAAACAGCCAGAUCUUUCGAGAUGAUUCUGCUUGGACGCUUUCUCUAUGGCAUUGGUACAGGUUUUUCUCUCAAUAUACAUCCUCAGUAUGUAGGAGAGAUUUCACCUAAGAAGCUGCGUGGAUUUACCAACUCCACAGUUGCUGUUUUUCUGACACUGGGAAAACUCACAGGACAGGUUAUUGGACUACGGGAGAUUUUAGGAAGCGAAGCUUUGUGGCCAUGGUUGUUAGCAUCUAGUGGACUUUCAGCAUUGGUUCAACUGGUUACUCUCCCAUUUUUCCCUGAUUCACCAUCCUACCUCCUGAUACAGAAGGGUAAUGAGGAAGCCUGCAGGAAAGCCAUCAGGAAGCUCUGGGGGGAAGGAGACCAUCAAGCAGAAAUUGAUGACAUUAUGAAGGAGAAGGCUGCAAUGACGAGCACAAAAACUUUGCGUGUCCUCGAAGUAAUAAAAGAGCGAUCUUUGCGCUGGCAACUUUACAUCUUGAUGACUGUCAUGACCACCUUGCAGCUUUGUGGAAUCAAUGCAAUAUACUUCUAUUCUUUUGAAGUUUUCCACACAGCCAAGUUUGAGGAAUACCUUAUUCCAUACGUGUCCCUGGGAGUUGGGUUAUGUGAAUGCUUAUCCUCUAUAUUGUGUAGCACCCUUAUAGACCGAUUUGGGAGGAAGGUGCUGCUAUGGGGAGGAUACACGCUGAUGUGUUCUGUGCUAGCACUCCUUACCAUGACCCUGUCACUGCAGCAUCAGUAUUUCUGGAUGCAUUACUUCAGUGUUAUCUUGAUCUUCCUAUUCGUUAUCUUCUAUGGAAUUGGACCAUCUGGAGCUACUAUAUCUAUUAUGGUUGAAAUCUUCAGCCAGUCAUUCAGACCAUCAGCCUUUCUGAUUGUUGGCUGCAUCAACUGGAUGGGACUGUUUGUACUUGGGAUGAUUUUUCCGUUGAUUGUUGAUAACCUUGGACCCUUCUGCUUCCUCAUCUUUUUGGCAAUCCUUGCUUUAUCAGCAAUUUUCAUCUACCUGUAUCUCCCUGAGACCAAGGGAAAGUCAAUCAUGGAAAUAAAAGCAGAGUUCAACAAGCUGAACUUUGGGAAAAAAGAAACCUCAGUCACUGAAAAUAAGUUUCCUAAGGAGCAGGUGUUCUGCACCAAACUAUGAAUGUUUAGAGGAGAAAUUUGCAUCUCUUAGAAAAGACAGGAAACAAUGUUGCAAUAGAACUAAAAAGGAAACAUUAAAAACAGACUGCAAGC